UCUAUUAUAGGGUGACUGGAAAUGUAAAUAAAAAUAGGCUGUUUUCCAAUGGCUUUUGGUACAUGCUGACAUACUGUCUGUGAUGGCAGCGGAGACUGAGAAGAUCCACGCUUUGCUCCAGUCUUGCAGCACUGAGUCUCUUAUUUCCAGCCUUGGUCUGGGGAUGUUUUGCCUAGUAGCUGACAGACUUCUUCUGUUUCCCAUAAUUCAUCAAAAUGACUGGCUUCGUGCCCUCUCAGAUAAUGCAGUACAUUGUGUGAUUGGCAUGUGGUCAUGGGCAGUGGUCAUUGGAGUCAAGAAAAAGACUGACUUGGGAGAAAUCAUUUUAGCUGGAAUUUUAGCCUCAGUUAUUGAUAUAGAUCACUUUUUUCUAGCUGGAUCCCUGUCUUUAAAGGCUGCUUUGACUCUUCCACGAAGACCUUUCCUUCACUGUUCUACUGUGAUACCCAUUGUGGUUCUGACCCUGAAGUUUGCUAUGUACCUUUUUAAGCUCAAAGACUCAUGGUGCUUUCUGCCUUGGAUGUUAUUUAUAUCCUGGACCUCACACCACAUCCGAGAUGGAAUCCGUCAUGGCUUGUGGAUAUGCCCCUUUGGAAAAACGUCUCCUUUACCGUUCUGGCUUUAUGUAAUAAUUACAUCCUCUUUACCCCACAUCUGUUCACUUGUUAUGUAUGUAACAGGGACCAGACAAAUGAUGUCUUCAAAACAUGGAAUUCGUAUUGAUGUCUGA